UUUGGCCCCCCCGCUCCCCCAGCCGGACGAUGUGAUCGGGGUCUCCUCCGCGGUGAGUGAUCAGCGUCCUCCGGAGUGGGCUGUGAUCGGUGUCAGCAUGUCCGAGGUGCUGCCCUUCAGUGAGGCCGAGCAGCGGGGGCAUUAUGCCGAUGGAGGGGGGGAUGGACAGAUCCCCCUCACCUGCCGUCUUCAGGACACCGGCAACUUCUAUGGCAGCUCUGGCCAGGGGGGUGGCAAGAGACCCCCCAAACUGGGCCAGAUCGGGCGCAGCAAGAGAGUAAUCGAAGAAGACGAGCGGAUCGAAGCCGUCCUCAUGUCCGAGAAGGCCCCUCCCGCCGUCUAAACGCCCAGAACGGAUCU